GUUCCAUCCAUACUGAUCUUUUCCAAAAUUUCUUGCGUAACGCUACAUAGGUUAGCGGAAACAACUACCGGUAGAGGUCGCUGCCGAAGCGGGCUCAAGUAACUCGCCACAAGCGCUUCAGCAGGAGAAUGGGCGGAACUGUAGAGAUGCCUUAUUCCCCACGUGACUGUUGUGGUCUGUCUACUAGCUGAAAAUGUUAGACCUGUUUGCUCGCGGUAGUCCAACUCAGUUGUCCGGGGCUGCACAGAGGCCGCAUGUAGCUCUCCUGCCUUGUCGCGGCCCAACACCCUUUCGGCCUCACCGCUUUACAGUUGCUGCGCGCGUCUCAACGGCAGCAACGGAUGCUCCACCAGCUCCUGCUCCGAAGCAGCAAAAGCAAAAGCAGGGUGGUGGUGGCGGUGGAGGAGGCGGAGGCAAGGCUGCUGAGGCUGCUGUGACUCCCCGCAGCGAGGACUUCAGCAAAUGGUACCUGGAUGUCGUGGCACGGGCGGAGCUAGCAGACUACGGUCCUGUUAGAGGCACCAUGGUCAUCCGGCCGUACGGCUACGCCAUUUGGGAGGCCGUACAGUCCCACCUGGACUGCCGCUUCAAGGAGCUGGGGGUGCAGAACGCCUACUUCCCGCAGCUCAUCCCCUACUCCUUCAUCGCCAAGGAGGCGGAGCACGUGGAGGGGUUCGCGCCGGAACUGGCGCUGGUGACUAAAGGCGGCGGCAAGGACCUGGAGGAGCCGCUGGUGGUGCGCCCCACCUCCGAAACCAUCAUCAACCACAUGUUUGCGCAGUGGAUCCAGUCGUACCGAGAUCUGCCGAUGCGGCUCAACCAGUGGUGCAAUGUGCACCGCUGGGAGAUGCGCACGCGGCCCUUCGUGCGGACGCUUGAGUUCCUGUGGCAGGAGGGCCACACCGCCCACGCCACCGCGGAGGAGGCGGAGGAGGAGGCUCGCCGCAUGAUCGACGUGUAUGCGGAUUUCGCGACCACCGUGGCGGCCAUGCCGGUGGUGCCGGGGCGCAAGUCGCGCAUCGAGUCGUUCGCAGGUGCCAACGUGACGUACACCAUUGAAGCCAUGAUGGGGGACCGCCGGGCGCUGCAGGCCGGCACCUCCCACAACCUGGGCACCAACUUCGCUCGCGCCUUCGGCACCCAGUACCUGGACGCCUCCUCGCAGCGCCAGCCGGUGCACCAGAGCAGCUGGGGCGUGUCCACCCGGCUCAUCGGCGGCGUCAUCAUGACGCACGGGGACGACAAGGGGCUGAGGCUGCCGCCGCGGCUGGCGCCCAUUCAGGUGGUGAUCAUUCCGAUCGUGAAGAAGGAGGAGGACCGCGGACCCGUGGGUCAGGCGGCGGAUGCGCUGGCAGCGGCGGCCAAGGCUGCGGGCAUCCGAGUUAAGAUCGACGCUGACGAGCGACAGACUCCCGGCUGGAAGUACAACCACUGGGAGAUGCGCGGCGUACCGCUGCGGGUGGAGGUGGGCCCCAAGGAUGUGGCCAGCGGUACCUGCGUCACAGCGCGGAGGGACAUGCCAGGCAAGGAGGGCAAGCAGUUCGGCGUCCCCAUGUCCCCGCCCGCCUUCACCGCGCACCUGCACUCCCUGCUAGACGACAUCCAGACGGCCCUCACGGCACAGGCGGCCGCUUUCCGGGACGACAACAUUGUGGAUGUGCGGAGCUACGAGGAGCUGAAGGAGGCGAUUGCGGCAGGCAAGUGGGCUCGCGGCGGCUGGGCUGCCAGCGACGAUGACGAGCGGCGGGUGAAGGAGGAGACGCAGGCCACCCUGCGCUGCUUCCCCUUCCAGCAGCCGCCAGGGCCGCACUCCUGCAUCAUGACGGGACAGCCCGCGGCGGAGGUGGCCAUCUUUGCAAAGUCGUAUUGAGGAGGUGCCGCACGGAUGUCCGCAGGGGUGCAGGUAUGGUACAUCGUCCGGGGAGGUACAACACAAUCGUACAUCGUACAUCGUGAGCUGAGGCGGAGGUUGAUAGGCGUUUGGGGGUGCGGGUCCUUUGGGACUUCUUAACCUUUCCCCUCAAGGCGCCUCUAUCCUCGGGCCUUAUGGACUUAUUGGACCGGACCUGACUGGACCCUGCGGUUGGGAGAACUAGGUUGUGAACUUCGUGCCUGGGAGCAGAUCUGGUUCCGGGUGUUGCGAAAAGAACACGUGCAGAUGCGGUUGUUGACUGGGGUUAAACCAGGGGCAGUGGGGAUGCUCGGAUGAGUGGGGUCACCGGUAUUGUGUCUAAAAGCUGAAUGGUGACACAGCGAGGUACCGUCCUUCGUGCUUGGUCUUGCGGGGCGUCGGGGUGUUGCCUAGGUAGGCGAGGGCUGUUUGAAGUUGGCGAUGGAAGGGGCCUGGCAUCUCCCCUUGUAACUGGCUAGAGGGGGGUUUCGGAGUGUAAGGUAUGCGGCGGGCUAUGGGGUCAUUGUUAUUACGGCGGUUUUGGGAUACCGGUAUCCGAUACAGUACCGCGUCCUUCACUUCACGACAGAGCCUUUUGCGGUGUCUGGCGGCAGUCGCAUCUCUAUGGGUGGCUAUGUUAAGGCUAACCUCAGAUGGGCCUGUUGAUGGGCCUGUUCGUCGGCAGGGCAGCCGGGAGCUGUUUGUCCAGCAGCAGAGGAGCAGGGGGCCGCACGAGCUGUCAGAACCUGAGAGCCGCUGAUGCUGCCACUGGUACUGGUGGAUGUCAAUUAAAAUGGCAGACUGGAGCCAUUUCCUGCAGCUCGGCGUUGGGCACAAGGAAUGCGAUUAUUACAGGCACUAGGGGACGAGGGAGCGCAUAGUAUGAC